AUGAGUGGUAAUUUGAUUUAAAGCAUUGCAAACGAUAAUUUAAAUAAAAUACACUUUAUUGAAAUGGACAAUAAAUAACUAUUUGUGCAAAUAAACAAUAAGCAGAGGAAAGUAUAAUAAGCAGGACUUUUAUCUAAAGUAUAAGUGUUGAAAGGAAAAACUUCAAGACUUUGA